GGAGGCGUACCCAGGAGUAGGGGUGUAGGAUGUGCAGCUGUGACCCGUCCCUGUGGACUGAAGUAGGAGGAGUGGAAGAGGGGACUGGUGACCAAUGAUAAGGCCUCGUAGGUGGGGUAGGCUAGGGAAGUUCAGCGGCCCGACCUACCCGGGAUAGGAUGGGAAGAGCGUGGGCUCGGUUUGGGGAGCAGCCCUGGGUUUGACAAAACAGUGCAUCUUCAUGUUUCGUGACAGCGACUUGCGCUGUGCCUCCUCGGGUCGAAGCUUAGGUUCUGCUUUUCCAGAAUCCUGCGCUUUCCAAAAGGAAGACGGCAUGAUUAAGUUCCAGGAAAGGGUGACAUUCAAGGACGUGGCUGUUGUCUUCACCAACGAAGAGCUGGCACUAUUGGAUAAAGCCCAGAUAAACCUGUACCAAGAUGUGAUGCUGGAAAACUUCAGGAACCUCAUCUCAGUGAAAGACGGGAUUAAAAACAACAUUUUGAAUCUUCAGGCAAAGGGGUUAAGUUACCUUUCUCAAGAACUGCUUCAUUGCUGGCAGAUUUGGAAACAAAGGAUCCAGGAUUUAACUGUGAGUCAGGAUUAUAUCAUGAACCUUCAAGAACAGUGUUCCCCACAUUUAGAAGAUGUUUCCCUCAGUGAAGAGUGGGCAGGCAUGUCUCUUCAGAUUUCUGAAAACGAAAACUAUGUAGUAAAUGCCAUUAUCAAAAAUCAAGAUACCACAGCAUGGCAAAGCCUGACACAGGUUCUUACCCCAGAAUUGUGGAGGAAAGCCAACAUAAUGACCGAGCCCCAGAACUCUCAGGGAAGAUAUAAGGGAAUUUACAUGGAAGAGAAAUUGUACAGACCUGCUCGGCAUGAUGACAGCCUCAAUUGGACCUCAUGUGAUCAUCAUGUGUCCCAAGAAUGUAAAGGAGAGGACCCUGGUAGACACCCCAACUGUGGGAAAAACUUGGGUAUGAAAUCAACAGUUGAACAACAUAAUGUGGCCCAUGUAUUACCACAGCCUUUCACAUGUAAUAACUGUGGGAUGGCCUUUGCAGAUGAUACAGAUCCUCAUUUCCAUCACAGCACUCACCUAGGAGAAAAAUCUUAUAAAUGUGACCAGUAUGGAAAGAACUUUAGUCAGAGCCAAGAUCUUAUCAUUCAUUGUAAAACCCACGCAGGCGAGACUCCCUAUGAAUUCCACGAAUGGCCUACGGGCUGCAAACAGAGCUCAGACCUUCCCAGAUAUCAGAAAGUCCCCUCAGGAGACAAACCCUACAAAUGUAAAGAAUGUGGCAAGGGCUUCAGGCGCAACUCUUCCCUUCACAACCAUCAUCGAGUCCACACAGGGGCGAUGCCCUACAAAUGCAACAUAUGUGGGAAGGGGUUUGGAUUUAGGUCACUUCUUUGUAUUCAUCAGGGAGUACACACAGGGAAAAAGCCCUAUAAAUGUGAAGAGUGUGGGAAGGGCUUUGAUCAGAGCUCCAACCUUCUUGUCCAUCAGAGAGUCCACACUGGAGAGAAGCCCUACAAAUGCAGUGAGUGUGGCAAGUGCUUUAGUUCAAGCUCUGUUCUUCAAGUCCACUGGAGGUUUCACACAGGGGAGAAACCUUAUAGGUGUGGUGAGUGUGGAAAGGGCUUCAGCCAAAGUACACACCUUCACAUUCACCAGAGAGUCCACACAGGGGAGAAACCAUACAAAUGCAAUGUGUGUGGAAAGGAUUUUGCGUAUAGCUCUGUUCUUCACACUCAUCAGAGAGUUCACACUGGAGAAAAACCAUAUAAAUGCGAAGUGUGUGGAAAGUGCUUUAGUUACAGUUCUUAUUUUCACUUACAUCAAAGAGAUCACACCAGAGAGAAACCAUAUAAAUGUGAUGAGUGUGGUAAAGGCUUCAGUCGGAAUUCAGAUCUUCAUGUUCAUCUCAGAGUCCACACAGGAGAGAGGCCCUAUAAGUGUAAGGCAUGUGGUAAGGGCUUCAGUCGUAAUUCUUACCUCCUUGCCCAUCAGAGAGUGCAUAUAGAUGAGACACAGUACACACAUUGUGAGCGUGGCAAGGACCUUCUGACUCAUCAAAGACUACAUGAGCAGAGAGAAACAUUAUAAACGUAGUAAGUCAGGGUUAAAUUAGUAAAACAGGAGCCACACUGUAUUCCAGAUGAUAGAGGCUUACUCAGCCUGUGGGAGGGCUGGGGGAGCAAAAGACAGGCACACUGCCAUCGAUAACGUCAGCCUGCAGCACUAGAGUGUGCCAGGCAAGGAUUGUGGAUUUCAAGAACUUCUGUGAAACUCCCAUCAACUGCUGUAUGCUACAGUGGCAAAGUAGGUUACUCUUGACAAAUGGGUGGUUUGUGGUAGUGGUUGUAGUUAGAGGUCAAAUUUCCAUUAAAGGGUGUGUCCAGGAAGGAAAUUCUAAUUGGGAUGAUUAUGGUAAGGUCUUCAGUUCAGGCAACGUCUUUAGAUUUUUUUUUAGUCUCCAAUAGAAAAAUACUCUCUGUAUGAAGAACAUUCAAAAGUGUGCUCAGAAAUGAAACCCAUGCUCUUACUAUGAAAGAACAUUAGUACCCAGGUUUUCCAUGAGAUUCUCUAUACAGGCAAGAAGCUCCAUAGAAGAGGCAUUUGAAGGGUGUGGCAGAGGCAGUGCUGUGUUUAUCACACUGGUUCCAUUUCCUUGCAAAUAAGAAGGCUAUUUCCCAGUAACCCUUGCAGUUAAGAGUGUGCCCAUGUGAUUGAGUGCUAGCCAAUGGAGUGUGAGCAAAAGUGAUAUAAGCCACUUUCAGGUCUAGCCUUUACAAACAUCCUCAGGCUUCUCUAUCCCUGCCGAGGUGACCUUGGAGGCUGCUUAUUCCAGACUGGGUUGAUAGAAGGUCACUAUCUCAUCUGUGUUGGAUUUCUUUUUAGAGUAAGAAAUAAAAAUUCAUUGUGCCUCACCA